GCUUGACGCUGCUCGAGUUCGGAGGGUUUGGAAGGUUCGAAGCUCGUUCAGUUUUGUUGCGUUAUCCCGACCCGUUAUCCCGCGGAAUCGAUUACACACACACACACACACUCGGCGACGCCGUACUGUCCCGUACGGCACGUAAACAAAAAGCUGCCUUUUUGCUGUGGCAGAGAGAAAGAGAGAGAGAGUGAUAGGGCCACAAAUAAAGGCAGAACCCCAACAAAAAGUCCAUCCCGGCCGUCAUGUGAAUCGUGAUUUGCGGAGUGUUAUUUUUGCACCACGUUGAUGAUUUUCCGGUGCUGGUGUAUCACUGUACUCUGGGAUAGCGUGUGUUUUUUCGACUCACAUUAGGCACGUGUCAAGGAUGUUUUGUGUAGGUUUUGUUUUGCUAGUGAACGGUGUAAAGCGAAUGGAAAAACUGUCGAUCUUGAAAGAGUUAGCCGCAAUGAGGAAAAAGCGGGUGGUUUCAACAGAGUUUUUCCGGCAACACAUUGUGACGUGAUGGAAUCCAUUCGACAGUAGCUUCUGGGUCGAGAAUUUCGGAGGAAAAGCUUAACGUAAAAUUUUAAAUAAAAUAAAAAGAAAACACACAAACACACACACACACAUACAAAUGCCCUUCCUGGGGUUUCGGUCCUACUGGCACUGCAGUUGGCGCGAACAACAUCGAGCAUCGGGAGUGUGUGCCUCCGCUUCGAACAGAUGGAAUUCCGGCACGGGUGAUUUAUCGUCCAGCUGCCGAAUGGCAUAAUUUAUGCUGCAUCCGACACAUGCUGGGCGCACUGAUGCGCCUGGGAUGCACUUUUCGGCCAGCUCAGGCUGUCGGUGUGUGUGUGUGGCCGUGUGGUGAUGGUGGUGCAAUUGUUAUGAUGCCGUGUAGUUGAUGAGCGCUGACGAGGACGAGGUGAUGAGUGGUAUUUCGAAAGGGUCAUAAAUCCUCCAGCGAAUAGGAAGUGAGUUCUGUGUGGGAAAAGGGGGAGGGCGUAAAAGUGAGGGAGAAGAGGCGGUGGAAAGCCAGGCGGUGGAAAGACAGGCGGAAAAAAACGCCCAAAAUUCGUGUACAAUUCGUGUGUGAAGAUCUGUUUUUGUGACGUUUAGGGUUGAACGGUUGACAAAUCUUUUUCAUCAAUCUUGGACUCUGGCUGCAAACGUUUGGCUGUCGGAGUGCAUCUUCGAUGUACAGCAAGCAGUCAUAAAGAGACUCCCGGAUGGAUGGGUGGAAGCAGUGUGUAGGGGCAGUGUUGGUGGUGGCCCUGCUGGUAGCCAGCCAGCCGCCCCCGGUCGGUUCGAACGCAACCGAAACACGACCAAAGUCCGGUGGUGGUCGCGAUCGUUCCUCUGGCAGCGGUACGGCCAUAGCGUCCCUGUCGUCUGCCUCGAUAGCGGCCGCACUAGCCUCCCGGAACGCAGCCAGCAAUGGCAACAGCAACAGCAACAACAACAGCGGAAACGGAAGUGGAAGUGGUAGCCCGGCGGGUGGCAACAGUGGUGGGAAAUGUAAUAUCGCCCAGUUGCGCUGCGCCAACGGGACCUGCAUACCGUCGUCAAAAUUCUGCGACGGCAAUUUCGAUUGCCUUGAUAAGAGCGACGAGCCGAAAUCUUGUACAGCAUGCAACCGUACGCUGCACGGUGAGGCCGGAAGAACGUACGAGCUACAGAUACAGAACCCCCACGGCGUGUAUCCGUUCGUGUGUCACCUAAACUUUACCGCGACGGGAGGCCUCUACGGUGACAUUGUGCAGUUAAAUCUGGCCAAAUUUAGUGUUGGGAAGUUUGUGGAGAAUUUUCACGACCCCAAGCAGCACGGUGAGUGUAUGGAAGGAUUCAUGACGAUCAGCGAGCAGGGUCUGCCGAAUCUGGACGGUAGAUGGUGCGGGACGGCUUCCGGCUACACGAUAUACUACAGCGAGACGCGAUCGGUCAAUGUGACGCUGCGGCUGGACAAACUACCGCAGGCGAGCAGCAGCGUGUCGAAUGGGUUCGAGUUUCGGCUAAUCUACAAGUUUCUGAGGCACAGCGAUGCGAAGCUAAGGAACGACAACCGGAUAUGGAACGGAGACCUCGUGCCCGGCAGCUACUGCAAUCGCAACUUUUAUGACUGCGACAAAAGGACCUGCCGAAUACGAUCACCCAACUAUCCCGGCAUUUAUCCACGCAAUUUAACAUGUAAAUAUUAUAUUAAUCAUCGGGCGCCUCCGAGCGGUCUGCACGCGAUGAUCGUCCUCCGGCAGCCGGACGGCCAUAAAUUAAACAUGAAGGAGCAGGCGACACACCACGAGGCGAACAACCGGAUUUUAAGGAGUUGGGAGCAGUGCGAUGAGGCCCAGGACUAUCUCAGCAUUUACGAUGGUGCGGCCACGGAAGCACCAACGAUUGGGCGAAUCUGUGGUGGAGACGUCCUGCCGGAUAUCGUGUCCAGUGGCCCGGAGAUGCGUGUCGAGUUCCACACGUCCGCGUUCGACGUACCGUUCCAUCCGAAUCCGGUCACCUUUCUGCCGGGCUUCGAGCUUGAAGUUCACGUGUUGUACGUGAAUUCCAACUCCCAGUCGUACAUCCGGCAGCCGGGACGCUGCGAGUUCAUUAUCAGUGCGUUCGAGAGCCAGACGGGUGAGCUGGAGAGCCCUCAGCACACGUUGCCACCGGAAAGCUCCUGUCUGUAUCACUUCCAGGGCCGUCGGCACGAGACGGUCUGGGUAUCGUUCAUCAAGUACCAUUCGGCGAUCGAUCCGACCGGGUUCGAGUCACCGGCCGAGUGUGUGACGCAGCUACGCAUCUGGGACGGUCGAUGGUCGGUGACGUCACGCCCGUACGGCGCACCACCGGACUAUCAGCGGAAUGCGAGCUUGAUCGAGCAGAUCUGUCGCGAGGAGGUACCGAGACUUUGUUCGCGAUCGUUGGUGGCCAAGGGUAGUCGACCGUGUUCGACGCAAGAGAGCUAUUUGUCGACGGGAUCAGACUUGACGAUCGAGUAUCGCCCUAGUCCGAUCGGAACGGCUCGUCUGUACGGUCCAGCAUCUGCGUUUAAGCUGAGAUACGAGUUUGUGGACAACUCGCUUGGAGGAGCUCCAUUGGAACCGUUGGUUGCUCCCUCAGCCAUGCCAGAACCAGCCGCCUUAGUUCAGUUCCAUCCGAAGUCCUGCGAUCGUGUGUUUCGCUCUUCAUCCGCUUCCCGAGGGAUCUUCCGUUCGCCCUCCAAUGUAUUCAUGUAUGGACGUGGAGGUUCUCCAAACAUUUCUUGCAUUAUCCGGUUCGAAGCAAGCGGUGGUGAGAGUGUCAGGUUAACGAUCACCAGAGCACGCUUCGGAGGCAGAUCAUGUCAGAACCUUCAAAAUCGUUCCGGACGCUGGCACUGCAACCAUCAUGGUGGACCGGUGUCCGAUUUGCGCAUCAGUGAAGUCCCAUGGACGGACGUAUCUCCGCUGCCCCGCGAUUGCCUUUGCUCGGAUGUCUCCGGCUCGAUUACGCUGGCCCCGUUAGCAGCAAGCAUUGUGGAGGUGAAGUUUACCACGCUACAGAUGGAGGUGGAUCAAGAUUUUCGUGACUUUUACUUCGAGGGUCGGUACGAGUUUGCACGCGACGGGUGCGAAACUGAUUGGUCCGAGCGGAGACUUCGUGGACGUAGUGGAGAUGCGUAUCUGAAGCCUACUCCAUGCCCUGCGCUUAUCCAACCCUGGCUACUUGAGCCAGAGACGGACAGCAGCUAUUUGGUGCUGAAGUUGAAAGGGUUCUGGAUGCCUCCGCUACUUCAAUCAGCACCACCGUGCCCAACGGAUGCUAGAAUUACCGUGUACUCUACAAACAACCCGAAGAACUCGCGCGAUCUCUGCCCGUCCGGGCCGGAUGUGGUAGCGUUCUCGGAUGGUUGGGAUCGUGCGUACGAGUUUAGCGCGAUGGAGAUCUCCAAGAGUUUGAUCAUCGAGUUCAAGAGCCCUCGCCGUCCACCGGUGGAGCUGGUCGAGUACAAGUUCUCCUGGAUGGAGAUCUUCCCCGGCCACGACUGUCCACAUCGCUGUCAGGAGCUGCAAGCCUGCAUCCCAUCGGAGUUGUGGUGUGACGGCAAGGUACACUGUCCCUCGGGUCAGGAUGAAAGUCCUACGGAGUGCGAUCUCCGUUUGCCACUGUCUCCGCUGCACGUUGGACUCGCCGCAGCCACUCUCACGCUUGUCCUCUCGCUGGCGGCCGGUUUGACUGCUUGUGCACGGCGUAAGCGAGGCGAAAAGAAGCACCUGCAGAGUGUCCAUCUGGAUGCGGCCGGACGGGGAGGCUACGGACAACCUCAUCCCCAUCAUGGCGCCGGUUAUCCGAAUGCCAACCAUCACCUAACGUCGAGCCACGCGCUGACGCCACUCUACCUGGACCCGUCCAAGGAUAGCUUCUGUUGACAGGAGCUGGAGACUUCGGUGUAGCCAAUGCCGAAGUCGUCGCAGGACUUUUACUACUUCGCGUUCAACUCCUCCGCCACCAACAACCCGAGCACGAGCUGCUGAGUGGUCGAUGGUGCGAGAGCGAGCGAGGUGGCACAACACAAGCCCGGUGGCGUACUAACCCACACACGAAGAAGCAUCCCCUCUUUACAAGCAUGGUGAUAUAUUUGACACGUAGCAUUAGCGGUGCGUCGUGCAACUGGUGCCGAUUCGAGUAUUUAACCGUUACAUAGGAAACACGGAAUUGUUUUAGGAAAAAAAAGAGAGAAAACAAAACUUAGCGUAUAUCCCGUAGCCGGUAUCCCUUCUUCCGAUUUUCCGAAAGGGAAAAUUUGGGACGAGACACUUUCAAACUUCACAAGGAGAGACAGAGAGAGAGAGUGACAAGGUUGGUUUUUAAUUGUGACAAUCAGUUGAGGCAGAGACAAUUCUACCCUGAGGGGAAUCGAGAGCAAACCGAUGGUCGCGCAAUGGUACGAGAACUGUAGCAAGGAGGCAAGGAGGAUUUGAAUGUUGUAAAUUUGCAAAUUAUUAGUAACUAAAAACGGUUGUGAUGGCCACUGUAAGAAAUUGAUGAUGAGCGACUACGUUGUUCGUUAAAAGGGGAUUUGAAGGACGUUGUUUUGGACCUUUGAUUUCGAUGCUGUUGGGAGUAAAACCAUCGUCCAUAUGUUCAAGGCAAUACACAACUCAGGUGCGUUGCUUUAAACAUGUGGACCUGAGCCUGAAAAAAUCACAGUAAACUGCUGCAAGGCCUAUCGUAAAGAUUUUAAUCGAAAAACAAGAAAGGACAGUUUAAUUUAAGGAUAAUGUUUUUUGAUUUUCUUUUCAAGCAAAAUUAUAUUUUACUUCAAUUUUAAAAUUUAAAAUAAGAAGAGACGAAACGGAGAGCAGAUUGUCACAUUUUAGUGUAGCUUGAAUAAUUAAAGCGAGCGCAUCCCGGAUAGUAUUAGCUUCAGCAUCAAUUCCCAUCUGUAAAUAGUCCGGCCCGGUGCGCGCAAAAGCUGGUCAGCAGUUGAGUUAAAUUGCAAGAACCAUUCUCCCUCCUCCAGUACAAUCCAGUCAAAUGAGGUGCGCUUGCAUGAAGCAAACGAAUCGGUUUUAGCUGAUACUGCUUUUGAGCCGUUUUAUACGUUAAAUCAACACACCGUGUACAAAGGUAAUUUUGAAUUUGGUUUUCUAUUUCUCUCACUUAACGAAAUACGACUCACGUCUGAGAUAAGCAAGCUUACAGCAAACAAAAACUGCGUUCCGACGACGCAUCGGGGACAGACAAAAAUUGUAAUAAUUAAUUGCGCUCAGAAAUAUGAGUCGUAAAACUAAACAAACAAACUAAUACAAAGACACACACACAGAAAUCCAAAACUGCAAAACCUUUUUCUCAAAUCGUCAAAUGAUAAUGUGAUUCUCAGUAGAUAAGCAAACAGAAGCAAGUGGAAACCGAAUAGAAGAAAGAAAAAAGCAGAAAAAAAACAGCUGAACUGGGUAUCGACGGGGCUACUAAUGGCCGUACGUAAAGGGAAAGCUUAACCCCGGUUGAGUUUGCAGAUGAAAUGCAAAUGAAGAGAACAAAUUUCACAAACAAUCAAUAAUUGCUAAUCCUCCACCCGAAAAUCGAAAUCAACUCCAUUCUCCAAGGAAGAAUAAACCAUUCCACUUCCAUUUUGACCGAUAGCCGCAGUGUACAGAGCGUUCAGGAAGCGAUUUAGGAAAUAGCAACUAAUUCUAAACGAGAAAAUAAAAGAACAGUGCAGCGCAAAGAAAAAAAAUACAGGAAAAUUGCAUCAAACCCCUCGAGAGGUUGUGAACCUGACGCACCGUUCCGCGAUGGCGACAGAUCCAGCUGCCGUGAAGCGGGUCCUCUUCCAGACGGCAAACCUAAAACCAUUAUUGAUAGGACGAAAACUGACUUAAAGAAGAAGUUUGAAAAAAAAAGCGUGUGCGCGUUGCAAGCUGGCGCGAUAAUUGUUAAUAAUCACACUUUGAGAAGAGAUAGGAAGGAGGAGAUUGUAAAAUAAUGUCGACUUUAGGAAGUAAUUAGAAGGAAAAACAGCAUAACUCUACUGCAAGCAAGAUUGACUAAUGGAAAACUAAAUCUGAAGAAGAAGAAGGAGAAAGAAGAAGAAAAAACUUAACGAUGAUAAGGUGAUAAGCAGACAUGUCGUGUUGUUCGAACUAGGCUAAUGAAACCGGUUUUUCCCCGUACUGGAAAAUGAUGUUACCGAUUGUUCCCCUCUAGUCCCAGCUCCCUACACUCCUUCAUUCUCCCCACAAUGGUAAAGUUCCCCGCUCGCUUUUAACGACCGACCUGAUCCUUUCUGUGCAAAACUCGCUGUGCGUUAGACGGUAAGCUGCACGCGGGCACACAAGACAAUUCCGUGCUAGUUCUGUAGCAUUGUAAGCGGUGAGCAGAAUGAGCUGAUAAGGCGAAAUGGAGUAAGAUAGGGCGUGAUGUAAAUAAUUAGCACUUAUGUAAAAGGGGCAGGUGGACAGUAAGCAGAACAGUUGCAGGCGGCGGCAGAAGAGAAGACGAGAUAGAUGUGUAAGUAAUAAAUGCUCGAUGAGGCAUGGCAAACUUCAUGCAAGUGUCGGCGGAAUCGGUCUAGUGAUCAAAUAAAGAGUAACGGAUUUUCCUAACGGCGUACGUCCGCUGGAAUGAAAA